AUGCACGCGCUGACUGGCGUGAUCUGUGUCGCUCUUUUUGUGGCCACCUCUUGUCAUGCUGCAAUUCCCGGGCUGGAGGACUGUUCUACUCCUUCCAGUCGGGGGGAAUUCAUCGACGGUGAAAUUACUCCGUGUACUACGGAUCCGUGUGUCUUGGUGAAGGGACGGAAUACUUCAAUAACCCUCAAAUUUAUCUCCACCGACGUUGUGACGGCAGGCAGGAUUGUGGUCCACGGGAUAAUAGCCGGCAUUCCAGUACCCUUCUCCCUGCCCGACGACAAUCUCUGCCACUUCAUUCAGUCCGGUUGUACCAUCCAACCGAAUUCAACCGAACAAAUGGACUACAGUCUCUAUGUGAAGGAAUCCUAUCCCUCCAUUCAGUUGACAAUAAAAUGGCAGUUGGUGAACGAGUUGGGUGUCGACCUGGUUUGUGUCAAGUUUCCGGCUAAGCUGUCUCCAACGCCACCGUCCGAGUCAUGGACACCACCACAUGCAUCACCACCCGAGACAUUAAUUGGACAUCUACGCCGUAUUCUAGGCAAAUUGCUACUUUUUGGGAGUCGUGACUAA